GACAGUUCUUUUUAAAGACCAACAAGAGCAGACUACUUUCCGAAGCAGACAGCAGACUACGUUUUUUAACAAUAUACUCUUGACAAUGCUUCUGAAUUUUUAGCUGUAGUUUUUCUUUUUAUUGAAGAUUCGAACUAGAUCUCCCAAAAGAUCCCUUCAAUUUUCACUACCCUGAAUUAAGUUCUGCUAAUAGACUCUUGCAAACUACAAAUAGUGAAUCUGUGGCAAGAAAUCAAUGGACAAUGUCUAUUUCUCAGUUAAAAAACUCUAUGUUCAAUUUUAAAUGUAAUCAAUUAUACAAGUGCUCGAUUAGAACAUUUGUCAGUGAUAUUUGUAGAGAAAAAUUUGACGUCAUUGUCAUUGGAGGUGGACAUGCGGGAACAGAAGCUUGUGCUGCUGCAGCCAGAAUGGGUGCUAAAACUCUGCUCGUUACCCACAAGAAAAGUACUGUGGGGGAGAUGUCCUGCAAUCCAUCGUUCGGUGGAAUUGGAAAAGGACAUCUCAUGCGGGAAGUGGAUGCGCUGGACGGUCUUUGUUGUCGUAUUUGUGACAUUUCUGGAAUACAUUACAAAAUAUUGAAUCGCAGAAAAGGUCCUGCGGUGUGGGGCCUGAGAGCCCAAAUAGACCGAGGAUUAUACAAAAAACAUCUUCAAGCUGAACUAUUCUCAACAGAGAACUUGCAUGUUACCGAAUCUCCGGUAGAAGAUCUCAUUCUCAGUGAAGACUCUCUGAAAUGUUGUGGAGUUGUACUCAAAGAUGGUACAAAAAUAAUUGGAAAAUCGGUAGUCAUAACUACAGGAACUUUUUUAAAAGGGCAAAUUAAUAUCGGCAUUGAAAAAAAACCGGCCGGAAGAAUAGGAGAUGAGCCAAGCAUUGGUUUGGCUAACACACUAGAAAGACUUGGAUUUAGAAUGGGAAGAUUGAGGACUGGUACUCCUCCAAGAAUAGUGAAAUCCACUAUUGAUUUCACAAAGUGCACACUUCAUAACGCUGAUGAUCAACCGGAGCCAUUUUCCUUCAUGAAUAAUUCUGUAUGGAUCAAACCAGAAGACCAGUUGCCUUGUCAUAUAACCCUUACAGGAGAUAAGGUAGCAAAGAUCGUACGAGAUAAUCUCCACUGCAACACCCAUGUAACAGAAGAAGUAACUGGUCCGAGAUAUUGUCCCAGUAUCGAGAGCAAGAUUCUCAAAUUCAGUAGUCUCAACCAUCAGAUUUGGCUUGAACCAGAGGGACUAGACUCUCCAUUGAUCUACCCGAGUGGGCUUUCUUGCACUCUUCCUGCCGAAAGACAGGCAGAACUCAUCAGGUGCCUUAUCGGUCUAGAAAAUGCAGAAAUGGCACAGCCAGGCUAUGGUGUGACAUACGAUUUUAUAGAUCCAAGAGAACUGACUUAUCAGUUAGAAACUAGGAGAGUUGCAGGGCUAUUCUUGGCUGGUCAAAUCAAUGGCACCACCGGUUAUGAGGAGGCUGCUGCUCAGGGAAUCGUUGCUGGAGUGAAUGCAGCUGCCAAGGUGCUAAACAAACCACCAUUAAUAAUAAACCGAACAGAAGGCUACAUCGGCGUUCUGAUCGAUGACCUCACAACUCAAGGGACUUCUGAACCAUACAGAAUGUUUACCAGCAGAGCAGAAUUUCGAGUUAGCUUACGACCCGAUAACGCGGAUCAAAGGCUCACAGAGAAAGGGUAUGCAUCAGGUUGCGUAUCCAAUGAAAGAUUCGACAAGAUGCGGAGUGUAAAAAAGCAGCUGCAAAACGCAGAAGAUUUAUUGAAGUCGGUUGAGAAAACAGUGAUACAGUGGCAAAGGCUUCUUAAAAUAAAACUGAGCAAAUCACAUAGCUCAAAAACUGCUUUCGACAUGCUAGGUAGAUCAGACCGAACCAUUACUGUUGAAGCACUCCGAAAUUGUCUACCCGAUGUCUUUGGAGAGCUGCAGAUGGACCCUGUACUGAACAACCGAUUACAGAUUCAAGCUCACUACUCAUACGCAGUUCAACAGCAGAUGAACGAUGUCAUUGAAGUACGGAAAAACGAGGAAAUGGUUAUUCCGCCAACCAUCGACUACGCGUCGUGCUAUUUAAAUUUAUCGUUUGAAGAGAGGGAGCAACUAAUGAUAGCUCAACCGCAAACUAUUGCUGCGGCCAGUAGAAUACCUGGAGUAACUCCUUCGGCUAUACUGCGUUUGUUACGCUAUGUCAAACUAACAUCGGACGUUCAAUCAGUACAGCAUAUGUGAGACAUCUGUAUACUAGGGAUAUUAAUAAAGAGAAAUUAUUUUUUUUGAA